AAGGGGAGGGCUUUCUAGUUUUGGGUAUUCUCUCUGCAUAGAAUGGACUACAGCUCAUUCAUUUCAGACUCAGUUGAGGAUCAGAUCUAUCCUACACAGAGGAACAGACAUCAGUCACCAUGCCGAUGCUGAGAAAUCGUGAAAAGCUGCAGAAAUUCUCCAUAGCUGUGCUUGUCCUGAUUACUGUACAGAUAUGUGCUGGUCAGCAGGAGAAUGAUACCAUUAUAGCUAAGAAUGCUGGUCAGGAAAAUUAUACCGUUACACCAGAGGAUGAAGAUAAUAGCUUUACACCAGAUUACAACGGCUAUGAGCAAGCGUGUGUGAAAGCAGAUGUCCGUGGAUUCCGUGCCAUCUUCUUGCCAAUAAUGUACGGAUGUAUUUUCGUGAUAGGGCUGGUAGGGAAUGGCUUAGUGAUGCUGAGGUACAUCUAUUUCAACAGGCUAAAAACCGGAACAGAUUUUUAUAUGCUGAACUUGGCUCUAGCGGACAUGGUCUUCCUCUUCACUUUGCCUUUCUGGGCAGCCAACGUUGUCCAGACCUGGAUUUUCGGCAACGACAUGUGCAAAGUCAUAAACUGCCUCUACAUAAUGAGCUUCUUUAGUGGGAUGUUCCUACUUAUGUCCGUGAGCAUUGAAAGAUACUUUGUUAUUGUUCUGGCCACCUCUGCCCACCGCCACCGGUCCAAGACAGUGUUGGUCAGUAAACUCUCCAGUGCUGGCAUUUGGGUUGUUGCUUUCUUCCUGUCCAUCCCUGAGUUGAUCUACAGUGGUGUCAAACCUAAUAAUGGUGAGAAUGGUGCGAACGCUUGUGUCCCUUUUGUUGCUGAAGUCCAGAGCCGUAGUGCUGGACUCAAGAUUUCCCAGAUGGUUAUUGGAUUUCUUCUGCCGUUGAUCAUCAUGGUCUUCUGUUACAGCAUGAUUAUCAUGACACUGCUCCGCGUGCGUAAUUUCGAGAAGUACAAAGCAAUCAAAGUCAUCAUUGCCAUUGUCAUUGUGUUUGUGGUCUUCCAACUUCCUUACAAUAGUGUCAUGUUGAUUAAGACCUUUGGUAACAACACUGAUUGUCACAUCAGUAAGACCAUUGAUGUUGCAGACGAUGUUACCUACACCUUCGCCUGCUUCCGAUGUGUUCUAAACCCAUUCCUCUAUGUCAUCAUCGGGGUCAAAUUCCGAAAUGACCUGUGCAAGUUCUUUAAAGACGUGGGCUGCCUGAGCCAGGAGAAAUUUACUGAAUGGUCAACAGCCAAACCAAGCAAGCGAGGCUCCUUUGCAAUGGACACUGACACAACAACCACAUUUUCUCCCUAAAUAUUCAGAGUCAAUGGACACAAACGUGUUUUCAAAAAGGGCCAGUCCACCCAUAAAUAAUAUUUUCAUUUUUAAAUUAAUCCAUGUGACAAAAUAUGUCUGUAAACAUCUAAAAUAUACUUUUUAUUACACCAUAUCACAACCACCAUGCCUAAAAAUGAAAAUGUCUCUUGUAGUAUUGCAUGGAAUGAACCUGUCCAUAAAAAUACAGUGACCACCUUUAUGCUGUAUCAGCGAAUCUUCUAUAUAAGGCCUCGUACACACGACCGAACAUGUCUGCUGAAACUGGUCCGCGGACCAGUUUCGGCGGAC